AUGAGUUACAAGAAUCUUGAGUCUUUAAAGGGAGAUGUUUAUCCUGUGGAGUACUACAAUAGGUUCUCAAUGAAUCAAGUCCUUGACCCCCAUUGGGGUGUGCUUUAUGAAGAAGAUAGUCUGGCUGCAGGUCCUACAGAAAUGGAGGGUCUAGCUCGGAUUACAAGUGUGAUUCGUGGAACAGAUGAAUCUAUUGAGAAAUUGAUGUUCAUUUUCAAGGGACAAAAACGUCUUUUAGUGAUAGUGAGAGGGAGGAAAAUCGCAGGGGUUACGUUUUCCAGUGAUUUGAUUAAGCAGAUGCGUGAGAUUGAGCAACAAAUAAGUGGGGUUACAAUUGGAAUGGUUGUUUCCAGAGUUGUGGGUCCGGUCAGUAAAGCGAAUACAAGGAAGGGAAUUAGAGGCGGGAGUCUGAGAUUGGCAAGAUGGAAUCAUAGGCGAGAGUCUGGGGUUACAGAAUUUGCCUUCGACUUUGAGUUCUUCCAUGUCAUUGCCUUUACAGUUGCUGUUAAGAUUGUUUCCUAUAAUCUGUGCUGUUUCUUGGAAAUUGAUCUAGGCCAUUUGAAAGUGACCAAUGAAGUUAGUUGGCAUGGACCUGCGGAAGAUCAAGCAUCUGUUCAUCGUGACUACUUUCUCGGAUUUCGUUUUCACCAGCUGUCUUGCCAUGAAUUUGGACCAUCUGUUCUGAAGUUCCCAAGUGCAGAAAAGUUCAGUGAAGUUGCUAAAUUUAUUGGAACAAAGUUUUCUUCUUCAGAAUCCAUUAACUUCACUGCUGACAUUUCUAAAGUAGAAUGA